CCCCGCCGAGCGCCCGGCGUGGAGCAGACAUGACCUCGCGCAGGUGGUUUCACCCCAACAUCGGUGGAGUUGAGGCAGAGAAGCUGCUCCUGUCCAGAGGCCAGCACGGGAGCUUCCUGGUGAGACCCAGUGCCAGCUGCCCAGGGGGCUUCACACUGUCUGUCAGGCGCCAAGAUGAGGUGACCCACAUCAAGAUACAGAACACGGGCGACUAUUACGAUCUGUACGGCGGGGAGAAGUUUGCAACGCUGGCGGAGCUGGUGCAGCACUACACCGGCCAGCGCGCGGGGCCCCUCCGAGAACGCAGCGGGGCUCCCGUGGAGCUUCGGCACCCGCUGGGCUGUCAGGACCCCACGUCAGAGCGGUGGUACCAUGGACACCUGUCUGGCAAGGAGGCUGAGAAGCUGCUGAUGGAAAAGGGGCGUCCAGGCAGCUUCCUGGUGCGCGAGAGUCAGAGCAAGCCUGGGGACUUUGUGCUGUCCGUGCUCACACAGCUGCCAGCCACAGCGGACCACCGGCCCCCCGUCACCCACGUUAUGAUCCGCUUCCAGCCAGACGGGAAGUACGAUGUGGGAGGCGGGGAGCGGUUCGACUCCCUCGGUGACCUGGUCGAGCGCUACAAGAAGAACCCCAUGGUGGAGAAGUCGGGGGCCGUGGUGCCCCUCAAGCAGCCCCUCAAGGCCACGAGGGUCAACGCCGCCAGCAUGGAGAGCCGCGUGCAGGAGCUCAGCAAGGCCGCGGAUGCCGGCGGGAAGGCCACGCAGGGCUUCUGGGAGGAGUUUGAGAUGCUGCAGCAGCAGGAAAACAUCCUUCCCUUUGAUACCACCCGUGUCGUCCUACAUGGUGUGGAUGACAGCGUGCCUGGAGCCGACUACAUCAAUGCCAACUACAUCAGGAGUGACCUGGAGGAGAAGGCAGGCCAUGGACUGGGCAAGGUGUACAUCGCCACCCAGGGCUGUCUGCAGAACACGGUGUCUGCCUUCUGGAUGAUGGUGCUUCAGGAGAACACACGCGUCAUUGUCAUGACCACCAAGGAAGUGGAGCGAGGCCGGAACAAGUGUUUCCGCUACUGGCCAGAGCUGCGUGGCAGCCGAGAGUAUGGCUGUGUGCAUGUGUGCAACGUGGCUGAGUACCAGGCCCAGGGCUACUGUGUGCGGGAGCUGCAGGUGUGGCGGCCAGACCAGGAGGAGCCGCCACGCACAGUGAAGCAUUACCAGUACUUCAGCUGGCCCGACCACGGGGUCCCGGCCGAGCCCGCCGGCGUCCUCAGCUUCCUGGAUGAGGUGAACCGGACGCAGAGAAGCACGCCCGGGGCAGGACCUAUGGUGGUGCACUGCAGCGCCGGCAUCGGACGCACUGGCACUAUCAUCGUGAUUGACAUCCUGGUGGACCUCAUGCGCAGACAGGGGCUGGACUGCGACAUCGACGUCCCCAAGACGAUCCAGCUGGUGCGGCGGCAGCGCUCAGGGAUGGUGCAGACCGAGGCGCAGUACAAGUUUGUGUACCUGGCGCUGCAGCGGUACAUCCAGCGCGAGCAGCUGCGCUUGCGUGAACAGGUG